AUGGCCUCUCACGACAGAUCAGAAGACGAAAAAGUCGAUAUCGCCCAGAACGAGUUCGGCAUUGGGUCCAUCUCUGCACUCCCAGCCCACAACCGCCACGGGCACUCUAAAGGGAAAGAUGAGAUCGACCGCAUCGACGCCCUGGCCACGGCUGAGGGGACGACGCUGGACUCAUUCAAGCACCUGGACGAGAAGGCAAUCCUCCGCAAGAUGGACCUGCGUCUAAUCCCCAUGCUCGCCCUACUGUACCUCCUUUCCUUCCUCGACCGUGGCAACAUCGGCAACGCAAAGAUUGAGGGCCUCCAAGAAGAUCUUGGAAUGCGCAGCUACGAGUACAACUGGUGCCUGACCGCAUUCUUCUUCACAUACGCCGCCUUCGAGGUCCCCAGUAACCUCCUGCUCAAGAAGCUGCGCCCUAGCAGGUGGCUGCCCAUCAUCAUGGUCGCCUGGGGCACGGUGAUGACGCUUAUGGGUAUUGUUCGGAAUUAUCAGGGUCUCUUGGCCGCGCGUCUGUUCUUGGGAGUCACCGAGGCAGGGCUGUAUCCCGGUGUAGCCUAUUAUCUUACGAUGUGGUAUUGCAGACACGAGAUCCAAUUCCGACAGGCCCUAUUCUUUUCCGCUGCGUCAGUGGCGGGCGCGUUCAGUGGCCUUCUGGCUUUCGGCAUCUCGAAAAUGGACGGCGUUGGGAAUCUUGAGGGCUGGAGAUGGAUCUUCAUCCUGGAGGGCAUUGCGACGGUUGUUGCUGCUAUUGCAGCUUUCUUCUUGCUCCACGACUUUCCUGAGACGGCAAAAUUUCUGACGGAGGAGGAGAGAGCUUUUGUGGUCUUCCGCUUGAAGUACCAAGGGCAGUCUGCCAAGCUGAGGGGUGCAAGUGGGACAGCGACCCAAGUCGCCCAGGCCGAUGAGUUCCAGUGGAAGUACGUGAGGCAAGCAUUUGCGGACUGGCAAAUCUGGGUCAACAUCUUUGUUUACUGGGGGAUCGUCUGUCCGCUGUACGGCACGAGUCUUUUCCUGCCGACGAUCAUCAAAAAUUUGGGCUAUACAUCAAGCACCGCCCAACUGAUGACGGUUCCGAUCUAUGUUACAGCAGCGAUACUGGCUGUCAUCUUUGCCUACUUGUCUGAUCGCGCGGGCAAGAGGAGUCCAUUUAUCAUUUCUUUCCUGUGUGUAAUGAUUAUUGGAUUUGCCAUGUGCAUUUCCACCGAUCCAACAAAACACCCUCGUGUGGUGUAUGGCGGAGUCUUCAUCAUAGUGUGUGCCAUUUACCCAAGUUUCCCCGGAAACAUUGCUUGGCUGUCGAAUAAUCUUGCUGGAGGCUACAAGCGCAGCGCCGGCAUGGCGAUCCAGAUCGGCGUGGGUAAUCUCGGAGGAGCCAUGGCUUCGAACUUCUAUCGGGAGCCGGACUCUCCCCGUUACAUCCUCGGGCACGGCCUGGAACUGGGUUUCGUCAGUCUUGGAAUCCUCGCGGCGAUCAUUCUCAACGUCAGCUACGCUGCCAUCAACAAGCGGCGGGAAAAGAAGCUGGCUGAAGGUGGAGAGGGCGGCUUUGAUUCACGUGAACUAUCUGAGUUGGGUGACAAGGCCUACACUUUUAGGUACAUGCAUUGA